ACACACCAGGGUAGGUUUCCCAGGGAAACCAGGAAGCUGAUGUGCUGGGGGUGUAUUUCCCCCUCUUUCCCUUUCUCCUCCUCCCCCUUCCUUUUUGCCGAUGAACCAGGAAGUAAAGUUUGCUCAGUUUAGGAUUCCCCAGUUUUCCCAUUAAGAAGCAAGCGAGCAACUUGAGCAAUAGGUGGAGGAGGAGGGAAGAACAGGGCAUUAUUACAGGCACGACAGAGAGACCAUGACGACGUUAAUUCACCGGGGGCGGCGCGCAGAUGUCGGACGAAACGUUGACAAGCAGCUGGAGGGUGAGGAGGACUCUAUACCAGACAAGAGUUUGGGCGAGGAAGACUCCGGAGACUCCAAAGACAUCCGUCUCACCCUCAUGGAGGAAGUACUGCUCCUUGGCUUGAAGGAUAAAGAGGGCUACACGUCCUUCUGGAACGACUGCAUCUCCUCCGGCCUCCGGGGCGGCAUCCUCAUUGAGCUGGCAAUGAGGGGAAGGAUACAGCUGGAACCACAGACUAUGAGGAAAAAACGACUGCUGGACCGGAAGGUCCUCCUAAAGUCAGAUGCCCCGACGGGAGACGUCCUCCUAGACGAGACGCUGCGGCACCUCAAAGCCACCGAACCUGCCGAGACAGUGCAGACGUGGAUUGAGUUGCUGACAGGUGAGACCUGGAACCCCUUCAAGCUGCAGUACCAGCUCCGCAAUGUGCGGGAGCGGAUCGCCAAGAACCUUGUGGAGAAGGGGAUCCUGACGACUGAGAAGCAGAACUUCCUCCUCUUCGACAUGACCACUCACCCGGUCACCAACACCACGGAGAAGCAGCGCUUGGUGAAGAAGCUUCAAGAGAGCGUCCUGGACCGGUGGGUCAAUGACCCCCACCGCAUGGACAGGCGGACCUUAGCCUUGCUGGUCCUGGCACACGCCUCUGACGUGCUAGAGAAUGUCUUCACCAGCCUGGUCGAUGAGAAAUACGACGUGGCCAUGAACCGGUCCAAGGACCUCAUGGACAGAGACCCUGAGGCAGAAGCAGCCAAGGCGGGGGGCUCAGAGAUGAUCUGGGCUGUGUUGGCAGCCUUCAACAAGUCCUAAAAGCCUCCCGAGUCGGGUGAGGCUGUUCUGAGUGGGUUUAGGCCCUCGUUUCCUCUUUAGGACUGAACCUUUUCCGUUCUGUGGAAUCUUCCCAUGCUCCUUAGCGGUGGGCAUUGGUGACUUGCCGCGCUCAUAGCUGCCACCACAGAUGUUGGGCAUGGCAGGCGACAUUCUGUUACAGGAACGCCUAUAUCUUCACCACCACCUCCUCUUCCUUGGAUUUGGGGACUUGUUAGGUUGCAAGAAUGAGCAAAGAAGUUUGUGCGACGUUUUCUCCUUCCCCCUGGAAACACCCCCCUGUUCCAUCCCCCCCCCCAGUUUAAAAUGAAGGUCUAUGUCUGCUAGAAGUGGAGUGAGCCGCCUCUCUCUUUUAUUUCAAACUCUCUUCUUUCCCCCCCUGCUGUUUUAGGGAGGAACAAAUUACAAUGUGCAUUUGGGAUUUUUGUUUUGUUUUGUUCCAUUUUUUUCUCUGUGUGUUAAAUCUUACAAUCCCAACCUCUGUUUUGCCCUGUCUCGUUUUUUCGACCCAGUUUUUCCCUUGUGCUGUUUAUUCCUUGUGUUCUACUG